ACCCAAUUAGUAAAUAAAUAGAGCUUACCGACUUGUCGGUGAUUUUUCAAUGUUGAGCGAUAAUCAACCAACUACAUUUAUUAAUUUGGUCAAUUGGUGCCUGUGACCUCUCCAGACAAUGACCAAAGUCAGCUAAUAAUGGCCCGCAUUACCAGUAUCCUGGAUUUGGAACCCAGUUCCAUUUUGUACAUUUUCAAGCUUCUUAGCUUGGAGGACCAGUUGCACCUUGCCCGAUGCUGUCGCGUGUUUAGGGACGCCUUCCUGUUCCUUCACCGCUACCAUUUUCAGAAAGUUAUUGACAAGGAUAUGAAUUUGAGGACUCUUGAGGACUGGCAUACCUUUUUGUGGCUGUGUGGCGGGCGUGUUCGUACUUUGGAGUCCCACUUUGACGAUGAUCAUCCACUGCAAUUGCUCCCCCUGAUCAGCAGGCACUGCUACCGACUGGAGGGAAUUUCUAUAUAUAAUGCAACAGUAGCCCGGGCCCAGCCGUUUUUGCUAAGAAUGAGUACACUGGAGAAGGUGCACGUGCGCAAUUAUAAAAGCACCAGCAAGGACCUAAUAAAGGCUAUAAGAAUUCACUUGCCGCGAGUCAUCAGUCUGAGCUUGGAGAGCUUCGACCGUAGGGAAUUACAAGAAGUGCGACACUUUAGUGAGAUGUUGGAACUGGGCCUAUACGACGAGGUUACUGCCUCGGAAUUCGCAACAAUCGUAAAACCAAUGAGAAAGUUACGUUGCCUACAGCUGCGUAACGCCAAACGCUUUCUAAUCACCAGUAAUCUUAGGAUGCUGGCUACUAACUGCCGACAGUUAGAAAAACUAACGUUCAACGACUGCGAGGCCGAUCUGUUAGUCCUGCCUCAGUUUGCGAACCUAAAGUACCUGCAAAUAUACUGCCCGGAGGACUUAAAGACCCGCCUUUUCAAAGCACUGGCCAAAAGCUCAACUAAGCUGGAGUACCUAAUCCUGCACCGUAAGCGCUGGAUUGACGAAGAACAGGCCCAGUACAUCAGUGUUUUGAAGGCACUCCGAUGGCUGGUUUGCAAGCCUCGGGAUGAUCAAUGUGUUCGCCACUUGUCAGAAUUAAGACAGCUAGAGUGCCUUUCCCUGCAGGCCGCUCGGGAAAUCGGGGAAACACAGCUCUCCCUUCUAGUGGCCAACAAUGACCGGCUGCGUUAUCUAAACAUUUGCUAUUGCCUUGGCAUCACAGACGCCUUCGUCCUGGACACCCUGAGCAGUUUAUCCAGACGCACAGUUCAACAACCUCUGCAGCUUUUUACUGCUGCCACGGACAUCAGACAUGACAUCAUGGAACGGCUGUCAAAUGACUUUCCACUCAAUAUGCUCUGCCUUCACUUCGAGUGCAGCGAGGGAAUGACCAGCGGCGAACAUUUAUAUGCAGACGAGCCUGAAUUCGACCGCCAAACUGUAUGAGGCUUUGUUUGUCCGACUUUCUUUUGACAUUACCAAAAAUCCAACCUAAAUUAAUACAUCUUUAUAUACAGCUUUAUUCGUGAUCCUAUCACUUUGAGUGAUAUUCUUUUGUUAUUGCACUACAAUGUAUUCAAUUUUUUCACUAAAUAAAUUAAACAUAUGAUAUAAUAAUAAAA